UGACAGUAUGGCGAUCCGGCAUUGUCUGAAUCGGCACCUUCAGCGUUUUCUGAAACUUCCGGAAGAAGAGGUGCACGAGGACGACCUGCCACUUGCCACCCUCGGAGGAAGUGGCGGUGGCUAUAGAGCUUGACACUGAGCUUUUUGAGCUACAUUGCGCAGAUGCAGGUCGCAGAAGCACAGUUCUGGGCAUUGGUUUCCUAUGUCGCAGGUAUAAGCGAAACCUGCUGGGCGAUUGCUUCGCUACACAUUUUUGCACAUCUUGGUACGGUUCUACUUGUUUCAUCACUUCACAACGUCAUCUGGCAGACAUGCGCUUUCGGCAAGUGCAAUCAAUGCCGUUGCAUGAUUAUCGGAAGAAAUCUUCUUUCAGCUUGCACCCAUCAUCCGCAAGCUGAAAGGCUGCAAGGUGUAUCCCACUCCCUUGGGUGGUAUUGCACACUUAUGACGACGCACAUCUUCCUGCGUCCUGCCAUGUGGAGGAUUGCACCGGAUGAAAAGAAAACGGCGCAAGAAGAGCGACAACAACAUGCUGCAAAUACUGGCCAGUCAGCUGGUAGCAGGGUCGGCGAGGAGGCAGAGGAACAAGGCACCAUGAACGAGGAUUGGUUUAAACGGUUAAGCAUCGCAGUGACGAAUGGAAUCAACGACGGACCCAACCCUUUGCCGAUAAUCACGGCCGUCAGACAGGAGCGUCCGUAGACGGACUACAAGAGCAAAGAAGAUCCCUUUGAGGAUGAAGGAAAGUAAUUGAACAGCCAGGAGGGCGGAAACGCAUGGUGGCAAUGGUUGCCAUU